AUGGAGGAAGCGCGCCCACACCCCCGUCGCCACAGUCCCCGCGAUCAAUCUCCCGCGGACAUCAUGUCAAGUGCGACAGCUCCCGGCGCAGGACAAGCCGAGGCCGAAAGCCAGCGACGAAGCUGGUCAAAGUCAAGAGAGAGAAGCGCUUCGCCCCAACGAGGCAAACAUGGAAGAAGAGAAGAUCGGAAAUCAGGGGGCUCUGCUGAAUUAAGUGGAAACACGGAUGAAUAUUGGCUUGAUGCACAGGAGCGCAGGAGUCCCUCGCCAAUUGAUCGCAAUGCGGGCCUGAGCAGCAAUGACCAGUCUGACCGGGGAUCGCACGACGAGGAUGGUAUGGACCAUGAUGGGAAGGGGCGUAUCUCUGAGCGUGAGGGAUCUUUGGACAACUCAUCGACGCCGGUGCCGUCGGUGGAGACACGUGCUAAACCGGAGCGUCUGAAUUACAAGGAGAAGUUUGUACUGCGCGGUCACUUGCGCGGCGUGUCGGCGGUACAGUUCUCUCCUGACUGCUCAAUGAUUGCUAGUGGAGGUGCCGAUGCAGCAGUCAAGGUUUGGGAUACUUCAAGUGGUCGGUUGAUUUACACGUUUGAGGGUCACCUUGCUGGUAUUUCUACCAUCGCAUGGAGUCCCGAUGGACAGUGGAUUGCUUCCGGCUCCGACGACAAGACAAUACGAUUCUGGAACGUGAACACCGGCAACAUCCUCGUCAGCGGCUCCUAUGACGAAGCCGUCUUUGUGUGGGAUGUACGUCGUGCGCGCGUGAUGCGCUCUCUACCCGCACACUCCGAUCCAGUCGCUGGCAUCGACGUUGUCCACGACGGCACAUUAAUCGUCUCCUGCGCAUUGGACGGCCUCGUCCGGGUGUGGGACACACAUAGCGGACAGUGUCUCAAAACGCUCGUGCACGAGGACAACCCCCCGGCGACCUGUGUCAAAUUCUCGCCGAACGGGAAAUACAUUCUCGCGUGGACAUUGGACGGCUGUGUGCGCAUGUGGAACUACGUCGAGAGUCGCGUGAUCAAGACGUUUCAGGGCCACGUCAACAACAAAUAUAGCCUGUCGGGGUGUUUUGGCGAUUAUGGAUAUCACUCAUCGGACGCUGACGCGGCCAAGCGGGAUCCGCCUUUGGCGUUUGCGGUCAGCGGCAGUGAAGACGGAGCUAUACUUUGCUGGGAUAUUAUUAGCAAGUCGGUUCUGCAGCGCAUCGAGGGCCACACUGAUGUUGUUUUGGGAGUGCAUACGGGGAAAUACAAUGGCAAACGUCUCAUUGUGAGCUGUGGCCUUGACAAGACUGUUCGAGUGUGGGAGGAAGAAGAAGAAGAAAGAGAUGAUGCUGUGGAAGAUCCCAAAGCGAACGGGACAAGUCUUAGCGCCGCACAUGACAGCGCACCUAUUACCGGCCUGGCCCUCGCCCCUGUGAACGUCAUCGACCACGAAGCCAUAGCUGACCCCGACGACGGUGACAAUGAGAUGGUGGAUAUUCCGUCCGAGGCUGCCUCCACGACCGGAACCACCCCGGCGCGUGCAGAAGAUGUCGAGAUGACCUGA